AUGUGCAUGAUGGGACAUUGGACUGACCAUGUCGAUUUUCGGACAUUCCCAGCCGUCGGAAAGAACAAGCGAUUGUCAAAGGGCAAGAAGGGCAUCAAGAAGCGUGUUGUCGACCCCUUCACCCGCAAGGGUCAGUCUUGCCAUCUCUUUCGCGUUCGUGUAGGACUAGCCCAACUGACUUUGGUCGCUUGAUCAUGCAGACUGGUACGACAUCAAGGCUCCUUCCAUCUUCGACACCCGGAAUGCCGGAAAGACCUUGGUCAACCGCUCGUCUGGAUUGAGUGCGUUCCCCCGCCCGCCCGCGCCCUCGCUCUCCGCUCGCACUGGCUUGCCUCUACGGCCUGGCUUGCGCGAAGGCGGCGGACAAGUUUCUUGUCGCAACACAUCGAACUGACACCCCGUCUUCCACCACCCUCGUGUCCCGCAGAGAACGCCAAUGACUCGCUCAAGGGCCGCGUCCUCGAGCUUUCCCUCGCCGACCUCAACAAGGACGACGAGAACACGUUCCGCAAGAUCAAGCUGCGCGUCGAUGAGGUCCAGGGCAAGAACUGCCUCACCAACUUCCACGGCAUGGACUUCACCUCGGACAAGCUCCGCUCGCUCGUGCGCAAGUGGCAGACCUUGAUCGAGGCCAACGUCGACAUCAAGACGACCGACGGGUACCUCGUGCGCCUGUUCUCGAUCGCCUUCACCAAGAAGAGGCCCAACCAGGUUAAGAAGACGACGUACGCCAAGUCGUCGCAGGUGCGCGAGAUCCGCAAGAAGAUGUUCGAGAUCAUGGCCCGCGAGGCGUCGUCGUGCGACCUCAAACAGCUCGUGCACAAGCUCGUGCCCGAGGUCAUUGGCCGAGAGAUUGAGAAGGCCUCGCAGGGGAUCUACCCCAUUCAGAACUGCUACAUCCGCAAGGUGCGUUCUUGUAGCUGCGACUUGUUUCAUGCGGCCGCAGCUCGACCAUGGAGCUCACCAUUGCAUUUUUGUUUUCGUUCCUCCUCGACCCUUUUUUAGGUCAAGAUCUUGAAGACUCCCCGAUUCGACUUGUCCAAGCUUUUGGAGCUCCACGGUGGUGAUGUGGCCGAGGAUGUCGGAGCGUCGGUCAAGAAGGACACGGUCGAGAUCCCCGUCUUGACCUCGGUGUAA